AUUUUAGAGCGCCUUAACGCUGGUGAGGUUUUAGUAGGAGAUGGAGGGAUGACAUAUGCCUUGGAAAAACGAGGAUAUGUAAAAGCAGGACCUUGGACACCGGAAUGCAACGUGGAACAUCCCGACGGAGUUCGCCAGCUUCAUCGUGAGUUUCUUCGAGCAGGAGCUGACGUCAUUCAAGGUUUCACAUUCUCUAUGGACGAUGACUUGGGAGGAGACCAUGCCAAAUAUGGGACCCAGAGAAUAAACCAAGCAGCGUGCGACCUUGCCAAGGGCGUGGCACAAGAAGGAGGGGUGUACUUUGCAGGUUGUAUAUGUCAGACUGCUUUCUUGUAUCAGAAAGGUGCUGGAAAAGAUGUUGUAAUGAAGAAGUUUAGAGAUGAAAUCGAGAUUUUCGUUCAGAAUGAUGCGGAUAUUCUCAUUGGCGAGUUCUUUGCUAAUGUAGAAGAAGCGGAAUGGGCAGUAGAGGUGAUGAAGUCCACAGGAAAACCAGUAGCCAUUACCAUGCAAAUUGGACCAAAGGGUGACAUGCAGAAUGUACCGUCAGGCGAAUGUGCAGUGAGGCUGGCAAGGGCUGGUGCUGACCUGGUAGGUGUUAACUGUUGCUUUGAUCCUGAGAAAAGUUUACAGACCAUUAGUCUGAUGAAAGAGGCGUUAGAUAAGGAAGGACUUAAAACCUACCUGAUGGUUCAACCGGUGGGUUAUCAUACUCCAGAUACUGAAAUAGGAUUUGUUGAUUUACCAGAGACUCCGUUUGCCUUAGAGCCUCGCACAUUAACUCGCUGGGAUGUGCACAAGUACGCUCGGCGGGCCUACGACAUGGGAGUGAGGUACAUCGGUGGUUGUUGUGGUUUUCAACCAUACCACAUCCGGGCUAUAGCAGAAGAGCUUGCUCCUGAACGAGGUAGAUUACCCGCCGCCAGCGAAAAACACAGUCCUUGGGGAGAGGCACUCAAACAUCAUUCGGUAGACUCGAUUCGAGCAAGGGCUAAUCGAGCGUACUGGGAAAACCUCAAGCCAGCCUCUGGUCGACCGUUUUGUCCUUCAUUUAGUGGACCGAGAGGAUCUGGCCAACCUCAAUAAAGUAAGGUUUGCAAGAGUAUUGUCAAAAAGGAGAGAAUCAAACAGAAGUGAGUGUGGUGAACCCCCUUUUUUCUAUGAAAUUUUUGUUUUCAGCCCAACAUGUUACAGCAUUGGACAUAUCUGCAACAAGUUCUCUUUCUAUCAAAUCAUUUUAGGCCUCCAGUAUUAACUAAAACAUUAUCAUGUCCACAUGCCUCUCAAAAAAAUGGUAUACUGAAACUGUUAUAAAUUUACCUUUACAACCUCCUGCCCCACAAUGCCGCCAACAAUGGCACACACAGGACUCACUUCUGCAGUACAGUAGCUGUCAGUUGGAAAGUAUUAUAAAAACAUUGUUAUCAGCAAAUAACUAAAAAUUUCUGGAACUUUUUACAGUCUCAAGUUGAUAGAAAAUCAUUUUUCAUCAAACAUCAUAGACACAAAAAGCUAACAGUGAACACACUUACGAAGCAAAUUCCUCAGGAAGAAGUGUCACAUCAAGGUUCAGUUCUUUCAUUAUAUCAUCUCGUAGUAUCAACAAUUUCUCCUUGUCCCCAGAGCUUGUGGAAGUCUGUGGCAGUCGGCCAUACUGGCUGCGAAAUCUUAGCAGAACUGUAAAAUCAAGGUUAAAUAAAGGAACAGUACAUAUGAAAAAGGAGAGCAAAGUUUUAAAAUUUUUU